CAUAACUUGUGGAAAACAAAAUGGAUGGAGAGUAAUGGCGUAUAGUGAGAUAUCUGAAGUGCAUUAUUUCCUUUCUAUAAGUGCGGAAUCUCGUUUUGUAAUUGAAGACAGUUUAUAUUAACUUUUACUUCCAGCAAAUUAUCUUUAUAUUUGCCCGCCGUAGCUUAUUAUCUAUAAUAUAGAAUCGUGGAUGGAUUUCUUGAGUAUGGUAUCCAUUUUGUGAUCAGCCUUGUUGUGUGGCGUUUUUGAAAUAAAAUCCCGUUUAAAAUGGGCCUACGAAACUAUAGUUGGUUUCUUCAACAGAACAUAAUUUGUAUUCACUCUUAAAGAGUGAUGGACUCAUAUAAUUUAUUUGGUGAUGAUGGAAGCGGUAUGUUGGAAGGACUUACUGAUCUCGGUGGAACGGACAGCUUUGCUGGUAACUCUGCAUCUGGAGUAGCUGUUGAUAAUAAAGAUACUGCAGAUAAUAGUUUCAGACAACCAUAUACACAGAGCAACGUGGCACAAGAUAGUUCUAUCCAGAAACUGGCAUCGUUUGGGGGAGGCGGCGCAGGCGGGAUAACGAACAGUGCACAGCCUGUCCCGCCACCUGCAGGCCCACCAGCUGCAGACUAUCAUGAAUACGGCAACUAUCCUCCGCGACCACGAUUACCGCAGCCACCACAUGCCCCGCUCCAUCCAUCACACCAUGUGCUCCCAUCGCAUUCAUAUCCAGGGUACCACGCGGGACCUGACCCCAUGUACAGCAUGCCUGAACAAUCAGGUAUUGGAGAUAUGGGUGUGUGGUCUGGAGCACCAGGAGCAAAUAGAUAUGGUCCAAUAACUCCCGUAUACAGACAUUCUUAUGAACACCAGCAAAAGAUUCAUCAAUAUUCACCUCAGCAGACUUCCAGUCUAGGGCUGCAGUCGCAAAAUGGGGCAUACCUACCAAGACAACCUCAUUUUUCACAACCUCCAUCACAGCAACUUUAUGGGCAGCAGCAGAGUUAUCCGAAUUACACACAAAUGCAUCCACCUAGUGCACCUAGACUAAGCCAACAUCCUACCUAUCAUCAGCAAAUGGAUGUAAAUCCUCAUCAAUAUGGAAUUCCACAUGGGCAACAGAGCCAUUCUUUAUCACAGCAUCCACCACAUCAAAGCAUUGGCAGUCAUGCUGGAAGUAUACAAAAUCAUCCAAAUGUACAUCUUCAUCAUUCUGGUGCACCGCCGUUGCAUCACGUGCCACGACAACCGCCCGGUCCGUCUUCAUCUGUGGCGCCUGCGCAUCCAGCAAAUAUGCCGUAUGCAUCUCCUCAUCAUGGCGUUCCUAUGAAUUAUCAAUCUCAUCAAGUCCAACAUCCUCUUGACGUUAAUGUCACAAAUCAAUACAACCCCGUAAAAUCAAGUGGCAUCGAAACAGGCAGUCCUCAGUAUCGUCCACCGUUUCCACAAUUAUCUCCUCAGAUGUCGCCCAGAGCUCAAAUGUCUCCAAGACAACAACAAGCUCCCCAAUUAUCGCCAAGGCCCGUUAUGUCCCCUGUAAAAGGGCCUAGUGCUUCACCACAUGCAUCUCGAAAUGUAGUGCAAUCCCCAGUUUCUUCAGGACCACCACAACCGGCAGGAACAUUUUCUUCUCAAAAUACGUUACAAGCUUUGGAACAAAUGGUUUUGCCCCCUGGUUCAGAAUAUUCAUACCAAAGGAAUCCUUCAUCGCCAGCGGUUGGACAUGUGGGGUCAUCACCUUCACAAUGGAGUCAAAAUAAGAUUCCAACCCCUAUUAAUCAGCCAACUACGCUAGAAACCAGUGAUCAAUCAAGUAAAGAACCAGUUGUUACAAAAACAGAAAUGGUCAAAAGUACUCCUGUUUCUGUUCCAAAUAACGAUUCUAAUAAUUUAAAUAAAUUAGACAUGGAGCAUGAAAGGAAAUCAACGGAAAUUUCGCCCUCCCACAUGUUUUUAACUCCUGCUUCUGUAAAUUCCGUACCAAAGGAGAAUUUAACUACUACAACAGCAACUGUUUCCCCUGCACCUGCUGGUCAUCCAAUCACCUCUUGUGGAUCAACUGAAAUGGAAACUCCUGAGAAGAUGCAUAAUCCAAGUUUAAAAAAUGAAUCUGACACUGAUGUUAAAGAAGAGAAAAUUGUCGAAAAAAAUAAAGAUAAUAAUACCUUGAAGAGUGAUCAUAUUCAAGAAAUUAAUCAACAAAUAGGAGAUAAGAAAUGCAGUAACGAAACAUUAGGACUAAAUAUCUCUGUGCCCACAACAUCUACCAAAAGUAGUGUAAAUGUGGGAACCGAAAUUGCACAAAACCAAAUGCAUUUACCACCACCUCAUUCCAUUACAAUAAAUACUAGUCCCAACUCCGGAACGCAAUAUGAAAACCAAGGAACCUUGAACAGCAAUAGAAACCAAAGUUUUCAGGGUAACAAUAUUCAAAAUGUACCACCGAGUUUGUCUAAUGUAAUUCCGCAUAAUAUUCCAAGUAGUGUUAAUAUUCCAGCAAGUAUGUCUUCAUCUUUACAAAACAAUGCUACUAAUAAUGUUCCAUCAAGCUUCCCCUCUGUCACUACUCCUGGUACAAUCAGUGUGCCUACUGGGCAAUCAAGUCAUACCCUUGCUCAGGUGGGUAUUGCAAAUACUGUGUCGUCUUCAAUGCCAGUACACAAUCAGCAAAUUAAUUCGAAUUCUAUUUCCAACAUGCAACAAACAGGAAUGCCCAACAUCCCUAGUACUUUGCCUAUGGUAUCAACAAGUGCAAAUACAAAUUUAUCAAGUGUACCUGUUCCUAUGCAAAUGAGUGUUUCAAACAUGCACUCUAAUAUGGGACCUACAAUGCAGGCUAUAUCUAAUAUGUCUCACAACAUACCACAUAACCCCAAUAUCAUUAUGAUGGGCCCAAACCCAAUAGCUCAUUCCAGUGUACCUAGUAUUUAUCACGCUUCUCAUCAUCAAGAACGAAUGGGGUUGCAACAACAAAUACAGGAAAUAUACUGUUUACCACCAUCAAAUGAAAAUCAAGAAAAAGUUCGAUGUCUGCAAGAACGAUUAGUUUUAUUGCAACAGCACGAGACUAAUGAAAAAUGUAAUGGAGGGCCGAAUUGUAUUUUACAAAACCCAUUAUACGGGUCAAAAAUGAUAGAAAGUCCCCAGGUUACUAGUACAACUGGACGAGGAAGGGGUAAAGGACCUGCAAAACCCAGAAAACCAAGGGUGAAAAAGGAUAAAAAUACCGCGGCGGCAUCUCUUGAUCAAUUACCUGUUUCUGAAGACUGUGUUACAGCUGGCACGGGAUUGCACAGUAAUUCUGAACUAGAUCUAGAAAUGAGUGAAGAUUUAACAAAUUUAGAUAGUAGUGCCAUUUCAAUAGACGAAUUGGGAGGUGGAAAGGCAAAGAAACCGAGAGGUCCACGAAAAAAUAAGGAAAAGAAACCUCGUACGCCCAAAGAACCCAAAAUACCUAAACAACCAGGAGAUAAGCCCGUCAAGGAAAGAAAAAAACGUGAACCUCGAGAUCCUAAUGCACCUAAAAGAAAAAGAAAUACGAAAAAAGACGCUUCCGAAAUGUUAGCUGAUACAACCACAAGUUAUGAUUUUCUUGAAAAAGGUUCUUUAGAUAAUUCUAGUGAAACAACUCCAAUUAAUCUUCACGAAGUGUCAAAAAGUGCUACAAGUUCGGAAUUUGCAGUUUUGGAUGAUUCUAACGUUACUGAUUUUGAUGAUAUACCUGUGUCUAAAAUUCCUAUUAAAGAGUUAUUAGAAGAAGCUGAAGCUAAGAGAGAAUGUGAUAGAGAUGAUGAAAGCGAAUCAAUUAGUCAAAAGAAACGUACUUCACGAAAACGUUCUUCAAUUUGUGGAAGUGGUAGAAAAUCCUCAUUGAAAAGAACACCAGGCGGACGUAGGAAGAAACGUGGUGGCUUAGUACCCGAUUCUGAUGGAGAGCCUGAUGAUAUGAUGGCAACACCGCCACCGUCACCGCCACCCGAGGCUGAUGACAGCCUGAAAAGGCGUUCGGCAAGAAACACUCAACGUAAAAAAUAUACAGAUGAUGUCAUGUUACGUUUGUCAGAUGAUGAAUUUACCAUGACAGCUUCUAAAAUUGAAAAAGAAUGUAAGGCUGAUGAUAUUUUGGAAACCAAAGAAAUUGUAAAAGCAGAAGGUACACCUAAACUAACUCCUAACUAUAUGUAUGUUAAUACCACCGAAGAAGAUUCUAUGAUUGUUCAACAUGUAUUAGCAUCUCGGAUGGGUAAAAGGGAGUUAAAACAUGAAACACCUUCUGAAGUAAAUAAAUCUGAUAAUGUCUCUAACUCUGAAACUACUCCAACAAUUUCUGAUGAAAAUAAAUCUCAGUUGCAAUCCACAACACAGUUAUUAGAUAAACCAGAUGUUGAAUCUAGUGUAGACAAACCUAUACCGUCACCAGAACUUAAGGUAGAAGAUGUCAAAGACAACAUAGAGGAACCUCAAAUACAACCGGAUCCAAAAGUUGAUGAUGAUAAACAAGUAGAAAUUAAAAAUAAAAAGCCUGUUAUGGUUGAUGUUGAAGAAUAUUAUGUUAAGUAUAGGAACUUUUCUUAUUUGCACUGUGAAUGGAAAACUGAAGAAGAAUUGUAUAAAGGAGAUAAACGCAUAUUCUCAAAAAUAAAACGUUUCAAACAAAAACAGGCUCAACAAAUGAACAUAUUUGAACUCUUAGAUGAUGAGCCAUUCAAUCCAGACUAUAUAGAAGUGGAAAGAAUUUUAGAUUUGUCUGAAAAUCAAGAUCCAGCAAAUAACUCUGUUGUAAAACAUUAUUUGGUUAAAUGGAAAAGCUUGCAAUAUGAAGACAGUACAUGGGAGUUAGAGGAAGAUAUUGAUGUUGAUAAAAUAAAACAAUAUAAAAUAUUUAGUGAGAUUCCGUCGAAAGAUAAAUGGAAAUACAAAAAAAGGCCUUCUGCGGACCAUUGGGUACAAUUAAAAGAAUCUCCUCUGUAUAAAGGAGGCAACACAUUAAGACCAUAUCAACUGGAAGGACUUAAUUGGUUACUUUUCUCUUGGCAUAAUAAUCGUAAUUGCAUUUUAGCUGACGAAAUGGGUCUUGGUAAAACUAUUCAAAGUUUAACAUUUGUUAAUUCUGUGUGGGAAUAUGGCAUCAGGGGUCCAUUUCUUAUUAUUGCUCCAUUGUCAACAAUACCAAAUUGGCAGAGAGAAUUUGAAGGGUGGACAGAAAUGAAUGUAAUUGUAUACCAUGGUUCACAGCAAAGUAAGAGUAUGAUACAAGAAUAUGAAUUUUAUUAUAAAAAUGAAGAGGGUGAACCUAUCAAAGAAAUCACUAAGUUCAAUGUUUUGAUCACUACAUUUGAAAUAAUAGUGACUGAUUUUCAGGAGCUUAAAUCUUUUAAUUGGCGAAUUUGUGUGAUUGACGAGGCUCAUAGACUUAAGAAUAGGAAUUGUAAAUUAUUGGAGGGUUUAAGACAACUCCAUUUAGAACACAGGGUUUUAUUAUCUGGAACACCUUUACAGAAUAAUGUCAAUGAAUUAUUUUCAUUAUUAAACUUUUUGGAACCAUCUCAAUUUUCUAGUAGUGAUGCAUUCUUGAAUGAAUUUGGGCAACUAAAAACUGAAUCGGAAGUAAUAAAAUUACAAGCGCUUUUGAAACCAAUGAUGUUAAGAAGAUUAAAAGAAGAUGUUGAAAAAACUUUAGCACCUAAAGAAGAAACUAUAAUUGAAGUUGAACUUACUAAUAUCCAAAAGAAGUAUUAUAGGGCUAUAUUAGAAAGAAAUUUUAGUUUCUUGCAAAAAGGAACUGCUUCCGCUGCUAAUAUACCUAAUCUAAUGAACACUAUGAUGGAACUCCGCAAGUGCUGUAUUCACCCAUAUUUACUUAACGGAGCAGAAGAUCAAAUACAAUUUGAUUACAAACAAACAUAUGGUGAAGAUAAAGAAGCAUAUUACAAAGCACUUAUUCAGUCUUCAGGUAAAAUGGUUUUAGUCGACAAACUAUUACCAAAAUUAAAGGCAGGUGGUCACAGAGUAUUAAUAUUCAGCCAAAUGGUUAGAUGUCUGGACAUUUUAGAAGAUUAUUUAUUAUAUCGGAAAUAUCCUUUUGAAAGGAUUGAUGGUCGAAUUCGCGGAAAUCUGAGACAAGAAGCUAUUGAUAGAUUUUCCAAACCUGACUCUGAUAGAUUUGUGUUUUUACUAUGUACAAAAGCUGGUGGUUUGGGUAUAAAUUUGACAGCAGCAGAUACAGUUAUAAUUUAUGAUAGUGAUUGGAAUCCCCAGAACGAUUUACAAGCUCAAGCACGUUGUCAUCGAAUUGGCCAACAGAAAAUGGUGAAAAUAUAUCGACUUAUCUGUCGCAAUACCUAUGAAAGAGAGAUGUUUGAUAAAGCAUCAUUAAAAUUGGGAUUAGAUAAAGCAAUAUUACAAAGUAUGAAUACAACUCAGGGAAAAGAGACUGGAUUAAAACAGUUGUCAAAAAAAGAAAUUGAAGAUUUGUUAAAGAAGGGCGCUUAUGGAGCCGUCAUGGAUGAGGAUAAUGCUGGUGAUAAGUUUUGUGAGGAAGAUAUUGAAAUGAUUUUAGCUCGAAGAACUCAAGUAAUUCAGAUGGAAUCAGAAAAAGGUUCCACUUUUUCCAAGGCGAGUUUUGCAGCAACGGAUCAGAGAUCUGAUAUUGACAUAAGAGAUCCUGAUUUUUGGAAUAAAUGGGCAAAAAAAGCUGAAAUUGAUACAACUGAAAAGAAAGAAGAUGAAGAUUUAAUUGUUACUGAACCUAGAAAACGAACCAUUAUAAAAAGAUAUGGACAUGAUGAUGGUCCGAUGGAAAUGUCGGAUAUGGAAGUAACACCAGAUUCUGAAGAAGACGAAGAAGGUAUAAGUUUACGUAGCAAAAAAAAGAAAGAGAAAUUUGGGAGGAAAGGUAGAAGAUACGCAAGUGACGACUAUAUUCCUCGACAUGAAGGUGUUCCAGUAGACGAAGAGGUUGUAUACGGAUCUUGGACGCGGUCGGAAUGUUUCAAAAUAGAGAGAGGAUUACUUACUUUUGGAUGGGCUCGCUGGGAGGAAAUAGUUGAUAAGAAUCAAUUUAGAAAAGGAUGGACUAUACCAGUCAUAGAAGAUUGUGCCCGCAUAAUUGUGCUGUACUGUUUGCGUCACUAUAAAGGUGACGAAAAAAUAAGAAACUUCAUAUGGGACCUUAUUGAACCAUGCGAAAAUGGGGAAGUAACCAUUUCCAGGAAUCAUAGUGGCUUACAUAAUCCUGUGCCUCGUGGAAGAAAUGCAAAGAAAAAAAAUAAGCCUAAAGAUGUGCCAAAACUAAGUGAUAUUCAAAAAUGGGAAGAUCCAAAUCAUUGGAGCUCUAUAGAAAAGUAUGAUUGUGAGGCGUAUCUAGAAAGCAGUUACAAGAAACAUUUAUUUAGGCAUGCUAAUAAAGUUUUGCUGCGAGUACGUAUGAUGUAUUAUAUCAAGCAUGAAGUAAUAGGGGACUACGCUACUCAAAUUGAAAAUGGGGUUCAUGCAAGUACUUUAGGCAUGCGAGUGCCGCGUGGUGUAGACAGCACACCACCUAGACUAUGGUGGGACACAGAAUGUGAUGUGUCUCUUUUAGUUGGUACCUACAUACAUGGCUAUGAGAACUACUUGGCAAUGCGAUCAGAUCCCCAAUUGUGUUUUGUGGACAAGUUGGGCCCACCUGAUGAUGCGGAGUGUACUGACAUCAAGAGCGAGGAAAGAAAAGUGCGCGGCAGCGUGGUGGGGGACGAGGACUGCACGGACGACGUGUCGAGCGGCGCGGGCGCCACCUCGCCCGCCGCCUCGCCGCGCGCCGACGACGAGCCCGGCGGCGGCGGGCCCUGGCCCUCCAUGCAGGACCUAAAUACGCGGCUGCGGCGGCUCAUCACAGCUUACCAGCGCAACUACAAGCGCGAGGAACUCAAGAUGCAACAAAGAGCUAAGAAGAUGGAGCGACGAGAGCGCAUGGACCAACUAGCUCGUGAUGAAAUUGCUCAAUGGCGCUGGUCGCGUGCUGACGAAGAAGCGUUUCGACGUACAGUUGCAUCUUAUGGUGUGGAGUUCGACCCGGCUACCAAGAGCCUGCGUUGGAGUCGAUUCAGGACGCUGGCGAGAUUAGAUUCCAAGAGUGACGAUGCACUGACUGAUUAUCUAAAAGCAUUUAUGGCGAUGUGUAAACGCCAAUGUGGACUAUCUGUAGGCGAGGCCGAGUUACCUACAAGGGCAGACUUAAAGGCAGAGCCGAUAGGUGAAGAAAGAGCUAUAGCUACUUUAGAAAGAAUCGAUCUUCUACGAGUAUUACGUGAAGAAGUGGCGCCACAUCCAGCAUUAGAUGCACGUUUGGCCUUAUGCGAGAGAUCACCCGAUACGCCGCCUUGGUGGCAAUCUGCGCGACAUGAUAAGCUCUUAGUUUUGGGAGUAUGCAAACAUGGACUUGGGGAUACCUAUAAUAAACUAUUUUGUGACCCUAAAUUGCCAUUCGCCGAUUGUGCUAAUAAAUGGUAUAGCACUCACAAAGGGAAGAGUGAAGCACAAAAGGCUACUUCAGACGACGACGAUAAUACAGAAGAGAAUAUGAGCGACACAAGAAUGUCGCUCAGACGCAGCAAGCGCACGUCCAACGCUUGCGAUAGACAAAACGACGACGACACUGACGCACUUUCAGAAUUGGAGAAUCUCGCUAAGCUCGGUAGGAUCGAAGCAUCGCUGUCCCCCGAGCAGUGGUUCUCGGAGCGCGCGCUGGAGACGCGGCUGCACCACAUCGCGCACGCCGUGCAGAACAGGGAGUGGCCGGCCGCCGCGCCGCACCCUCCGCCGCCAGAGACGUCAAGCGAGCGCGCGGAAGUCGAGGAGCGUCGGCAUAAGCGUCACAUCGCAAUAGACGUCGAAACGGAGCGGGCGAAACUGCACGCUUUACUGUCGUCGCCGGGCGACGCCCCCAGCGGCGCGCCGCCGCCCGCGCACCAGCGGCCCGCGCCCGCCGCCGAGCCCGCGCCCGCGCCCGUGGACCUGUCGGCGCCGCGCGACGAGGCGCAGGACUUCUCUCUGGCGCGCCGCUCGCCGCCCGCGCCGCCCGCGCCGCCCGCGCCGCCGCGCAGCCGCCUCGACGACACGCUCUCCAGGCUCAUGAAGAGGAAGAAUGUCCCUGCUCCAGAACAAAUAGUUGGAAAGGAGAAAAAACGAAAGAAACUCGAUGAAAUUGUUCUCGGAUUAUCGGCUGCGAAAGGUCAAACUUCAUCUAGUACGCUUACAUCAGAGUCACGCAAUAGAGGUACACCUAUUUUGCCUGAUGUUACAGUCACACCCGCUGCUCCACCGACAUCGACAUCGGUCUCCUCCUCCCAAAAACCAUUUUCUGUAACAGUUACUAAUGUUCCUAGCUCACAAUCGUCUACUAAAGAAUUAUCUUCAUUUUUACAACAAUCAUUGGAGCAAAGUAGCAAAGGCCAGAAACCAUCUCCUUCUGUAACAAUGAAAUCUUACUCACACGAAGUAAAAGUAAAUAAAUGGUUAGCAGAACAAGCAAACCUAGAAAGUCGUCGUCGGGGAUUAACUCCUCGUCUGGCACCUGACGAACACGUGCCUGUAGUGCAUAGAGUGACUGGGAAACGGAUUGUAGGGCAUAAGGCGCCUCAAUUGAAACAAUUGGCGCAGUGGAUAGCUGAUAAUCCAAUGUACGACAUCGAUUCUAAAUGGACAGAAGGCAUUAAAGAACAUGUAAAAUUACCACAAGAUGUACGUGGUCAGCGACAUUCUCCGAUGCCAUCCACUAGUGCUUUACCGGAGCGGAAAAAAGGACGUCCGCCAACACUUGACAGUGCAUCAGCCAAUGUUUUGUCUUCGAGUUCGCAUCUUAACCAAAAUUUAGCUGGAUUAAAUCCUGCUUUACUAGCUAGUCUUUCUAGUUUGAGUGCAUUUGAUCCUAAAACUUUGGCAGCAUCACUAUCAAAUUUAACAGGUUUUGAUCCAAAACUCUUGAAUACUUUUGAUCCGAAACUUUUGUCCAGCUUAGGUAGUUUCGAUACUAAAAGCAACCCCCUGUUAAAUUCAUUCAGUAGUAUGCCAAAUUUAUUGGGUAAUAUUGCGGGAGGAAAUAUUUUCGCCAAUUUGGCGGGAUUAAGUCUUCCAGGUUUUUCUUCAUUAGAUAUGAAUGCUUUAAGUGGGGCAAGCAAUCCUGGAGAUAAAACAAAAGCAAGGAAAUCAACCGAAACUGCUAGCUCUUCGAGUUCGAAGUCUCAAAACUCACAAUUUCCAUUUGUAUUCCCUAAUCCCAACAUGCUUUAUCCUCAGUUAGGGUUAGGAGCACUUAAUCCGUUUGGCAUGCAUUCCGGGAUGUCAUCAGCAUAUGAUGCAUUAAGUCUUUUAGGUAAUAAUUUAGCUGCAAGUUCCAGUUCUGCCACCUUACAUAGUUCUAGCCAUAGCUCCAAUCGAAGUGCUUCAAAAACAACCACACCUAGGUCAUCCACUGUUCUUACAAACUCUUCAAGUUCUCGUCAGCAAAAAGUUUCAGACCGACAACAAUCAAGUCAAUUACCACAAAUACUUUUACCACCAGAUCCUUAUUUAUUAGAAUCCUUAUCGAAACAAUCGUUGAAUUACGAAGCCAUACUAAGAGGGGACAAAAAACCUCGGGAUAGUGAUAGUCAUGAAACAGGAGCAACAGAUCUAUCAAAAGUUGACAAGAAAAAAAUUACAUUUGAGUCAUUAAGAUCACAGGUGCCCCCAGAAUUUGCAGCUGUUCAAGAAAAGCUUUUGAAAGGAGAUAAAAAGGAUAUCGAUAUAAGUAAAAUGUUACUAGAACAAAUGGCUUCUGGUGCUCUCAGUGCUAGUUUGGUAAGUUCCGCUGAAGCUAAAAAGGCAAAGGACAGUGAGAAAGAUGCAUAUGAAAAGUUAAGUAAAAGUUCUUCAGAAUAUAUCAACAGAACUCUAUCAUCUGAAGAUGCUUCUACUAGUAUGUCUCACAAGAGAAGUCACGAUGAAAUAUGUGAACCAGAGAAUUUGGCACUACAAACAAUUGAAUCAAAUCCUUCAAAAAAGCUUAAAGAAUGUUCUGAUAAAUCCCCAAAAGUGGAUAAGCAUCCAGAUCCACAUGCGCAUACAGGAGAAAUGGAUCUGGAAGACUUAAUAGCUCCUUCUACAGUAAUUAAAACAGGUAUGAAAACUGUUAGUGAUUUUGAUCCUAAUCUCAAAAGUUUUACAUCUACUGAGUCUCCUCCGUCGUCUUCCAAUACUGAUAAGGAAGAAAAUUCACAGGCUAAGUUGUCCAAUUCAUACCAAGAUGAACCCGGUGUUCAACCGAGUCAAGACCAAACCCUAUUAAGUGAUUGCAGUAAUAAGCCUGAAAAUGAAGGUCAAGAUACUAACAGUACCGCCGAAGAUGCCAAUAAUGCCUCAGAUAUUUCAAGUGGCGAUGGAAGCCGUAAAGGGAAUAAAAAGAAAUAUCGGAAAUCAUCAGAUGAGGCUACAAUGUCGUGUCCACGUCGCGAACUCAGGUCUAGUGCCGGACGGCAGUCAACUGAGACAAUGUCUUCUCACCAUUAGAUAAGACAUACUUCAAAGAUUUUGAGAAAUAUGUUGCGAGGCAUAAAACAGAUUAUUUUUUGUGUUCUGUUGUUGCGUUAUUCUCAACAGAAUUGAAUAUCGAAAUCCUAGGUGAAAGAAUGGUGUACCCAAUAUUGAAAAUACGCUAUCAUUAAAAGUAUCUGUCUAUGAACACAAAUAAGAGUAACCUUUGUAACCAAAGUGGUAACACUGGUAGAAUCAAUGUAAGCUUAAUAUGUUUUGAGUAGAUCUUGAAAUGAAUUUUGAACUGUUAGGAACAAUAUUUGCGUGGAAAUUAAUAUGAAACCACUAGCUACUAUGAAACUAUUCCCACGGGAAAACGACAGAAAAAAAACAGGGAAUGAAAUAUUUACAACAACAUCAGCGAUUGAAAUUAUAAUAGAUUAAUGUGAAUGUAGGUUUGGUAUACUUGACAGUCUGGUGGUGGUCAAGAAAACGAUUUUUUUAAAGAACCGGUUUUAAAUCCCGAUAUGGCUAUGCACCAAUGAGUUUUUGAAUUAAGUACAGUCACCUGCAAAAAUUCAAACUUAGUUGUAUAAGCACUAAGUUUCAAACAUGUUUAUGAAGGUGACUGUACAUAAGCUGAUGUUUUUAUUGCAAGUAGAACAUUGUGAGGAAAACUGCACAUAUUGUCUGUAUCAAUAUCAUGAUAUGCCGUGCCGUGUGGUUCCCGGCAGUUAUAUAAAUAAUUAUAAAAAACUUUUAAAACAAGCUUUUAAGUGCCCUAAAAAGAUCAAAAUAAAAUUUUAAAUCACAUUAACCACAUUCAUUUAUGCUUUUACAGAAUUGAAAUUAUAAUAAAAUCUUGUCGCGAUGCCUAGAAGAAAUCUCUACAUAUUCAGUCAGAUAAAAUUGUUGAGAUUAAAAAAGAUAAAGAUAAAAAAGAGUAGGACCACUAAAUCUCUUUCCCAUGGAUGAGGUAAUAGACGGCUAAGGGAUAGGCUUAUAAAAUUGGGAUUUUUCUUGUAGGCGAUGGUCUAGGAACCUAUCACUAAUUGAAUCUAAAUUAUAUCACUAAGUCUAACACUGAAUGUGGCCUGUGUCAGUCUUUCCAGACUGCUGGCUUUACCCUCUACCCCGCAAGGGAUAUAGAUGUGAUUUUAUGAAUGAUUGAUCCAAAUAAGGUAAAGUUCCCCUUGUUGAUAUGGUCACGGUGGUCAGACAGGAUUCGCUCCGUGAAAUAUCAUACACGUGACUUACACACUGGAUCGUGGCUUUGGAUUGUACUGUUGGAUUUUGAACAAUUGACUCCUUUGAUAAGGCGGUAGUAGGUAUAUUGAAAAAAGGAAAUGCCUAAUGUUGCCUAACUCCUAUCUCGAGUAAAACAAGAGUUUCUAGAUUACAUAAAGUUGGUUACUGAAAUUAUGGGUUAAUUCACUUGUGUACCUAGGUAGUAUCACUCAGAUGAUCAAAGUAGAAUUUUCGAUGUUUUCAUUUAACCUUGAUAUCAAUAAAUGAUAUGAUAACUCUGUUCAUGGAAUUAUUUCUCCGAGAUGAACAAAGGCGACGUUUUUAUUUAUUUGACUUAAUCAAAAAAAUAUAUUUAAUUUUAAUUGGGGAUAUGUAUCACAUGAUAAAUGAGGUAUCGAAACGUCCACUUUGUUCACUUAUUUAUAGGUGUACAUACAUACACAUUUAAAAAAAAACCAAGAAUGUAAUAAUGCAUUUGCAAAAAUACUGAUAGGUAUAAGAGAUAAAUGUUAUAGAUCUCUUGCAAUGCAAUUUUUUUUUGUUUGGAUUGCUUUAGUACUCAAUAUAAAUGUUAGCUAAGAAUAAGUUUAGUAAUCGUGAAUUUCAAAAUAUUUUAAAUACUGAUUAUUAUACCUACUAGUUAAGUAAUUUUACUUUUUUGAGGAUCAUGUUAAUUAUAUUUUUGUUAACGCGAGAUUUAAGUUCCCUUUUACUAAGUUUAAGCGUUAAGUCAAACACUGAAUGUGAUAAAUUAUUUAUUACAUGUAUUCUUAUUAUUUGCAUUGCUCUUUUGAUGAAUUGUAUUAUAGAUUAUUAUGUGACAAAUCAUAAAUAAAUAUUGAACUGAUACAUGCAUAUGCUUUUAUUUCACAAGAAUAGAAUAGAUUCCUGGAUAAAAGAUGUAAGGUACUUAUGUUCUUCUCAAUACUCAUGUGUGCGUCUUUGAGAUAACUUUUGCCCGCGUACGCACAAUGACCCGUUUUAAUGCUCCCGUGGCAAUUUCGUUAAAUUUAAGAAACAAACAUUCCAAAUUAAGGAUAUUAAAUUAACUAGCAUUUCCCGCGGUUUUGCUCGGCACAUUGUCGUUCAAAGACAAUCCCACUGGAACCAUAUAUUCCUUUUUUUCGGGGUGAAAGAUACCCUUCUUUUUCUUCUUCUUCAGUUUCUUAGUUUUAUACCCUUUUCAUGUUUAUCCUAUAAACAAACAUUGUAUUUUUAGUAGUAUUUAAGUAAAAAAUCUAAACCCAUCGCUCUGUCGGGCCAUCGUGUAUUCAUCCCAUACAAUCAGUUGACAAUCGCGCAAAACUCUCGUGAUCUUUAUCACUGUUUAACUUGCUAAAAAUUUCGAAAAUCAUUUGAAGUAGAGCAAAAAGAUCAAAAAGUGGACCCUGGGCUGAAACUGAUAGUUCCAGUUAAAGAGAAGUCGCUUUUUGAAGGGGGAGAUAUUUUUAUUUUUGAUUUGAAAAAAAUAUUAUUUAUAGAACUUAAAAUUCCUAGGUAUACGUUUUUAUGUAUAGGCAGUUUCUCAACGUCCCUGGAAAUGUAUGAAUUCUUGAGAUGAAAUUUCUCCGCGGUUUCUUCGUUAUGUGUGGAUGUGGAUUAAUCGUAAAUUUAAGCUAGUAUUAGUACCCAAACAACAAAAAAAUUAUAAAACUUGGAACUUUUACCCCCCAACUGUGAUGUGAUUUUCUAUCAAAAACAAGAGUGUUUACGUGAAAUAUCUGAGUGCAUUGGUAUAUGUAUUCUUUUGCAGGUAACAUGGAUGAUGUCAGGGACGGGAACUCGGAUAUGUGUGGAUGUUGAAGAGACAAACCUCUUUAGAGUUUAAGAGGGUUUUUCUUCUAAUUUCAUCUUUGAUUUGAUUCUAUUUUUUGAUAGAUUUUGUUUUAACAUUCAUGUCAUGUCUCUGCCUCUCAUCCUAUAUGUAACUUAAAAUAAAAUAACUUUUAUUUUAUUGA